AUGCUAUUGAAAAAUUCUGAAAUAGGCAUUUACCACGCCGGGAUCGAAGUCUACGGCGAGGAGUGGUCUUUUCAGUACUUUGAAGAUACGUGGAAUGAUCCAACGAUUUCUGGAAUCAUUCGUUGCGCCCCAAAGCAGAUGAGCGGCUAUGAGUAUCAGGAGUCGCUGAAUCUUGGGCCCACCACGUUGAGUGAAGAAGAGGUUGAUGACCUCUUGGACAAGCUGUGUGAUGAGUACGCGGCCAGCACGUACCACCUGACACACCGGAACUGUUUGACCUUCGCGCAGCAUCUGGCUGCAAGCUUGAAGCCUCCCAGACCAUUCCCUGAUUGGAUCCUGGGCAUCUUGGAGGCCAGCACAAGGCUUGGCGCAGUGGAUGCCACCGUGGACUAUUUCUGGUCCUGGGCCAAGUGGUACAUGAUCCGGAAGCAUGAGCCAGCGGAGGACCCGCCUCCGCAACCUCCUCCGCAGCAGGCCGGCAGUUGGUCAAUGCUUGGGCUGUACCCAACUUGCUCGCCUUCAAUGUGCCCGGGCCCAGCAAAGGACGCGCACGACAGCGAAUCCGCACCACCUGCGCCCCCAGGCAUGCAAGCUGUCAACUUGCACGAUGAGUCAACUCCUCAGCUCUCGGCCACGCAAGCUAAGCAGUGCAUUCUGAGCUACACGAAGCAGCGCUGCUGCACUGAGAACAACUUAGCUUAUGAGAAUAUGAUGGACAAUGGUUUGACGUGCCUGCUCAUCGAAAUAGUCGUCACCGGAAGCUUCGCCACCGAAAGGCCAGGUUGCGGUGUCAGUUUGGUUUUGUUUCUGGAAGGCGAGCGCUGCCUCGAAGUCCUCGAAAUCCUGCCGCGCUUCCUGAGGAUGGCCGGCGCACUGCUCGUAGUGGGGUUCUACUCAGAGCGCUUUACCUUGGAAGAUAAGCAGGAUAAAGAUGAGAAGCUCCAGAAGGAGCACGGGUUCGCAGAAGAGACGGGAGUUGGGUGCGAGCAUGGUCUGCGCGACAUUCUGUCCUCCAGCGCGAGCCACGGCAAGUGCACAGAGUGCGGCCAUGGCCAAGACUGCUUGCAGCAGGUUUCGGAGGGCUUGCAAGUGGGGUACCGCGUCAUCGACACUGCAAGCCAUUAUGAGAAUGAGCCCGAGGUCGCAGAGGCUGUUCGCCGUGCGGAGCUUGAGCGAGACAAGAUAUAUCUCAUAACCAAGAUCUGGUUUGAUGACAUGGGUGACAGGGCUCCAGAAGCCAUCCAAGAGUCGCUGAGGCGGUUGAACACAGAUUACGUAGAUCUGCUCCUCAUGCAUUUCCCCGGGGCAAAUGAUGUUCUACAAAGCCCAGCUGCAAAUCGCGAGCGUCGAGAAAGGACUUGGCGUGCCAUGGAAGAUGCGAAGUCUCAAGGCAGAGCAAGGUCCAUUGGGGUUGCAAACUUCACCCGCAGGCACUUGAAGGAGUUAUUCGAGUACUGUCGCGAACCCCCUGCUGUGCUUCAAACCGAGAUCCAUCCGUACUUCCAACAAAGCAAGCUGGUGGACUUCUCCAAGCAAAACGGACUUCAAAUCCAGUCAUUCUCGCCUUUGGCACAUGGAGAUCUCAACCUCUUGGAGGAUAAGGUGUUGAAGAGCAUCGCUUCCACACACCAGAAGUCUUCUGCACAGGUGGUGCUCCGAUGGCUGCUCCAGCAAAAUAUCUCACCGAUUGUUUUCAGCCGCUCACGGCAACGCCUUGUCGAGAAUCUGGACACCAACUUCCGGCUGUCAGAUCAGGACAUGGACCGAAUAUCAUUCCUGGAUCGAGACUCUGCAGCGAGGGUUGGAUUUGACCCAAACUUGAUUGCCUGA